CUGAGAGCAGGAAGUUGCCUUUGUUUCUGCGGGGAAUUGAUUUUGUGACGGACUUCAGCGGUUCCACUGUAUCGGGAUGGCGGGGUUGAACGUGAGAGAUCCAGCGGUAGAUCGGUCCCUACGGUCUGUGUUCGUUGGGAACAUUCCUUAUGAGGCUACAGAGGAACAGCUAAAGGAUAUCUUCUCCGAGGUGGGGCCGGUCGUCAGUUUUAGGUUAGUCUAUGACAGAGAAACUGGGAAACCAAAGGGUUAUGGCUUUUGUGAAUAUCAAGAUCAGGAGACGGCCCUUAGUGCCAUGAGAAACCUAAACGGAAGGGAGUUUAGUGGACGAGCCCUGAGGGUUGACAAUGCAGCCAGCGAGAAGAAUAAAGAAGAACUCAAAAGUUUGGGAACAGGAGCCCCUAUUAUAGAGUCCCCAUAUGGUGAUCCAGUUUCUCCUGAGGAUGCCCCAGAAUCCAUCAGUCGAGCUGUUGCCAGUCUGCCCCCCGAACAAAUGUUUGAGCUCAUGAAGCAGAUGAAGUUAUGUGUACAAAACAGUCCCCAGGAGGCGCGGAAUAUGUUGCUGCAGAAUCCUCAACUGGCGUAUGCCCUGCUACAAGCACAAGUUGUAAUGAGGAUUGUGGAUCCUGAAAUUGCUUUAAAAAUCCUUCAUCGCCCAGCAGUUGUUCCUCCUAUGAUGUCCAAUAAUCAGCAGCCAGGUCAAGGACCUAACAUGCCCCUUAACCAGCCAAAUGUACCUGUAGGUCAACCACAACCUAUGGGUGCAAUGCAUGUGAAUGGAGCUCCUCCUAUGAUGCAGACACUACCUAUGCAGGGUGGAGUCCCAGCACCAAUGGGAAAUCCUGCCCCAGGACCUGUUUUACAGGGAGGAGCUUUACCACCCCAGGUUGGAAUACCACCUGGCGCAGCCAUGCCAAUGGAAAGAGGCCAAGGGAGCCUACAGCACUCACCUGUGGCCCCCGCAGGGCCAGCUACUAUAGAGAGAGUACCAGUUCCUAUCAAUGAUGCCCGAGCCCCUGUACAACGUGGUCCCACAGCCGCCAAUGUCCCUCCUCGUGGACUUCUGGGAGAUGGCCCCAAUGACCCACGUGGAGGUACUUUGCUGACAGUGACAAGUGAUGAGCAGCCCCCCAGCCGUGGAUACAUGGCUGCACCCAUGCAGGGUGUUCCCCCAAUGCACCAUGAGAGGGGUCCUGCACCUCACGAUAUUAGAGGGGUACCAAUGGGUGAUGCACCCCGAGCCAUGCUGGCAGAUGCAAGGGGUGCACCUAUAAUGGAUCCACGAGGACCCCCAAUGGAUGCACGAGGUGGUAGGGAUCCUAGAGCAUUGGAGCCCAGAGGCCCUGGACCUGUUCCUGGCUCUGCUCCCAGAGUACCAGUUGCUGGAAUGCAGGGUCCAGGUCCCAUGGGACCCCAGCCUCCCAGACAGCUUCAUUCUGAGGUUCCUGGUAUCCAGGGAGCAUCAACACAGGGAGGUUUCAGCCCAGGACAAAGCCAGGUAACGCCACAGGACCAUGAAAAGGCUGCCCUCAUCAUGCAGGUUCUGCAGUUGACACCGGACCAAAUCGCUAUGCUCCCCCCUGAACAAAGACAGAGCAUCCUUAUCCUGAAAGAGCAAAUCCAGAAAUCCACAGGUGCUCCCUGAAAGGAAUUUGCACAGCGCUGCCGUAACACCCGGAAUGCUUGGAUAUAUGUUUGUUUUGAAAGGGCUACACAGACACACGAGGAGCUCCUCUUCCAAACCUGUAUUAUUUGUGUUUUCUUUAAAUGUACUGUAUGCUAGAAAUAAAUGUGUCUUUUUUUUCUC